CCAUCUACGGACCAACCGCGUCAAGCAUAGCUUAACCUGUGAUCGAAUCACAGGUUAAGCUUUUAAUAAAAAUUUUCACGAAACUUAAAAUUCGCCACUUCGGUAGUUUUGACCACAGGUAGUGCCGCUUAAAAAAGAGUGGAAUUCGACUAUGCCAUCUCACAGAAGAGACGUUCCGUUUAUUGCUUAACCUUGCAUUUCCAAAGGAGUUGGAAGCGCUGAGUUUUAAGGACCUAGUUGACUUACUCGAUAGGCAUUUCGAACCAAUAAAGUGCUCAUCGUGGACAAGGCGUUUUUUUUUAGCACCAGCAGGAAAACAGGCGAAACCAUAGGAGAAUGAGCCUCGCGAUUGAGAGGUUUGGCAACUUAUUGCGACUUCGGUACCGCUUUACGAAUCUACGAGAUCGUUUUGUCCUUGGCCUGACUGCAGGUCCAGAACGCGACCAGUUGUUUGAGCCGACACUCACGUUAUCGCGGGUUAUUGAAUUGGCGGAGCAAGAAGCAUGUGCCAAAGAGGCGAAUACCAUGUUAGGCACUAGUUCGGAGGUCGUGACUAUCAAGGAGGAACCAACAUACCGCGCGGGAUUCCAAGGUCAAGUGAGCCGAAGCUGCGGCACGGGGGACGCGUAUGCGGCGUUUCGGCGUGACAGGGAUCGCUGCUCUAGUUGCGGUGAAGUGUGUAUUUUUAAAUAGGUUGAAUUAUAAUUUAAAACUUUCUUAGGUUUCUACAUAACUAAAGUUGUUUUUUUUUAUUUUUGUUUGUAAAAUUCUUAAAUAAUUUACACGUUUCAAAGGAAACAUAAUUUUCCUGGUGUGAUAGGGUGCAUCGAUUGUACCCAUAUGGCUGCUAGCUUAUAAGACCGGUUACGGAAGCAACAGAGCGAUAUUCAAAGUACAUCCCUACAGUCUCAUCCACAUAAUGAUAAUGAAAUUCCAAAUACUUCAUAACCAACAGAAAUUAUAACACUUCGUAUAAAACAAUAAAGAAGAAAAACUUUACGCGUUGAUUUGAUAAAUAAAAUAGCUGCACUGAAAUCAAAAACAAGAAGACUGAGUGCUAGCUGACAGUUAACGUAUUUUAUAAAUCAAGAAACUGCUGAUUUAUUAUCCUCCUUAACUGGUCACAGCAAUGAUUUUUUGAAGCCAAGAAAAAACAAAUUUUCUACGGAAGUACGUCCCAGUUCACGCGCUUAAAAUUAUGUUAGAAAUCAUUUUAAUACGUGUCUCGCACACUCGCACUUUGGCGCGAUGGUACCAAUUAGUCAAGCCUACCAUACAUUUAUACACCGUUGGAUAGGUCUCGCCGAGCCGCAUCCAACGACACCACUCACGGUCGGCUAGCUCACACGAAACUUCAGAUAUUUCGAGUUUUACUCAUACAAACCGAGGUUACCUGGAGGGUGAGAGACCGCCAUACAAACGAAAACACUUAGUGAUAAAAUCUUGUAUUCCUUCGCGGUUUUCGACUCUUACAUACGUACCUUGGCUCCGUCCAACCCCUAGACGUGUUUUAUGCCGUCUAGGUGCGAAAUAAAUUAUGCGAAAUAGAUUAACGUGGCGUUUCUUUAAGAGACAAAAGGGAAUGGUGGAAGGGCUCGAGAGAUAUGAAAAUAAUAUAAGUUUCACAAUUAUGUUAGUGGCGGAAAGAAAAAUCGUGUGAGUGUAUUUUUAGAUAACAGGUUGAAAAAAAGCGUGUUGAUGUUAAAAGAGUGAUAGAUUGAUAAGUGUACAUAUAUAUGCGACACAGUCAUGAUGUGAGGACAGUGAAAAAGAAAAGUUAUGGGAGGACUUUGACUGCUUGACUGUUUGAUGAUGAAUUUGCAGGACAACGAGACAGAGGGACUCAAAAAAAGAGUUAGUUCUUCCGCAUAUGCUCUGUUCAAACUAUCAGCUAUCGUAGACACUGGUGCUCUAAUUACAGCUUACCAUGGCAUAGUUCACUCCAUCCUGAGAUUUGGAAUAAUAUUCUGGGGAAACUCGGCCAACAGAGAAACAGUUUUCAAAUCUCAAAAAAGAUGCAUUAGGGCAAUGUUUGGUCUUCAAAAUACUGACAGUUGCAAACAGUUUUUCAAUAAAUUUAAAAUAUUAACUUUACCUUCCUUGUAUAUAUCGCACGCUUAAUCAUAAAGAGUAAUAACUCAAAAAUCAUGUUUUUUGAGAUUUAAUCAUAAAACGUAAUAACCCAAUAGUAUAAAUACGUACGCUCCGACUGCCGCUCGAUUACAAUAAGUGUGAGUGAAAUAAAGGUUCGUCCCUCUCUUUUUGAUUUACUCGCGCGGACAAGUUGCAACCAAUGAAAUGCUACAAUCAGUAUUGCGUCAGCGCUUACGCUAGGAGGACGAUCCGAACAACGCAAUAAAUUGAGUUAGAUCUGUUUAUUAUUAACAGUAUGGCGUCUUCAAGAGCAUGUCGAAUUAUGCAACUGCUAUCGAUCGAAAAUAAAACAAUAGAAGCCAGAAGUGAAGAUGAAGACGAGACACUGAAAAGCAACAUCGACAAUGUUCCCUCCGAAAAAAUAAGAUCUCAGUACAGUGAAAUGUUACAAGACAAAGAAAACUUAGAAGAAUCUUUAGAUAGCUGUGAUGACAUUCUAUCGGAUUACGAUAGUAAUAUAAAAUAUGAUCACCGAUUGAUCACUUCACGUAAAGUACAACCAAGCUGCAAAAAUAAAGAACAUGAAUUGAAAAUUUCCCAAGUUAGUCUUGUGCCGGCUUAUGAUAGUGAUGAUUCUUCUGAAGAUAACAGUUACAUAACUCGUGCUGCAACAGUCACUGAAAUCAGACAAAGUUUGCCAAAACCAAAUUCACCCUCUUCGAGCUCAAGUUCAUCUUCGUCCAGUACUUCGUCGUCAGAUUCCGACAGUUCCUUAUCGUCUGAAGGACCAAAAAGAUGUUCUCCGGAAUUAACUACUAAUACAAAUGAGUAUAGGAUUAUUGACUCGCAGGUAAUUGAACAAAAUCGUGGGACAUCAUCUAUAGAAACGGCACAAAGCGAUUCGAGCAAAAUGAUUUUAAGACAGCAAAACUUUAAUAACACAUCCAAUAAUAUUUCACCCAUGUUUACUGACGAAAGUGAUAUUGACUUAAGUGAUGAUGACCCAAGUUUUGAUUACGAAAAAUUGAUUCAUAAUAAAAAGAAAAAGAACUACAUUUUUGAGUCUCACACUACAGAGUCUGACAGUGAUGGUAGUUCCCAGAUCAAUAUUAAUAAAAAAGGCCGUAAGCGCACAAGGAACCCUACAAAAUGGAAACAAAACCAAAUAAAAAAACUACGAAAUACUGGAGAAUCAUAUGUAUCAACAGCGAAAACCCAUAAAACUAUUCCUAGCCGGUGUCUUAAAAUCCCGUGCACAGAAAAGUGUAAAUUGAAAUGCACUGAAAACAUAUCUACUCCUGACAGAUAUGAUUUAUUCAAAGAAUUCUGGGAUCUAGGAGAUCUUAAUAAGCAGAGAGCUUACAUAUCCACUUGCAUGGUUGAUAUAGUACCUAAAUACAAGUAUACAAAUGCCGAAAAACCUCGGCGUCCUAAUAAGGCUUAUUAUUUUACAGUCAAUAAUAUAAAAAUUAGAGUUUGUAAAACAUUUUUUAAAUCUACCCUGGAUAUUACCGACCGCACAAUUUUUACUGUGCAAACCAGAGUAAGUGAACGUGGCUUUAUGCUUGAAGACAUGAGAGGCCGACACAAUAAACACAGGACUCUUAGUUCGGAACUAACUAGUGACAUAAGAAAACAUAUUCUAAGUAUCCCAAAAAUGGAAUCCCACUACGUACGAGCUAGUACUUCCAGACAAUUUAUUGAUGGUGGAAAAACAAUCAAAGACUUAUACAAGGACUUUGUAGAAGACCAAAAGAAAGAUUCCAAAGAGUUUGGCAAUUAUAUAGCAUAUUAUACAAUAUUCACAAAGGAAUUUAAUUUAAGUUUUUUUCAACCAAAAAAAGAUCAAUGUGAUCUAUGUUUAUCAUACAAAAAUUCUGUAGAAGAGAAAAAGAAAGAGCUAGAGGAAAAAUUUAACACACAUUUGGAAGAAAAAGCACUUAGUAGGCAUGAGAAGCAGGAAGAUCGAAGAGUGAUAAAUAAAAACAAUAAGGUCGUUAUAUAUGAUUUACAGGCAGUAUUACAGUGCCCAAGAGGCGAUAGCUCAUCGUUCUAUUAUAAGUCUAAACUAAAUAGCUACAAUUUAACUUUAACCGAAUUGACAACAGCUACAUCAAAAACGGCUUAUGACAAUGUACAUUGUUAUUUUUGGACAGAAUCAGACGCGAAACGUGGUGCAGUUGAAAUAGGAACUUGUGUUUUGAAAUAUCUUGAAAGACUUCGUGAGGAAGAUACAGAAGAAAAAAAUAUCAUAUUUUAUUCUGAUAACUGUUGUGGUCAGAAUAAAAAUAAAUAUAUCGCGACAUUAUAUUUAUUUGCCACACAAAAUUUUAAUAUAAACACAAUUACACACAAAUUCUUAAUUACUGGACAUACACAGAACGAAGCAGACAGUGUGCAUAGUUUAAUUGAGAAAGAAAUUAAAAAGAAUCUUAAAUCAGGGCCCAUUUACAGCCCUGAUCAGUACAUAGCAUUAAUAAAAAAUGCAAAGAAAUCCAAACCAGCCAUAAAUGUCCAUGAAUUAACAUUCGAGUCUUUUAUGGAUAUGAAACUCUUGCAGGAAGAAUGGGGUUAUAACUAUAACAUAGAUAUUGAGGGGCAAACGGUAAACUGGAAUAAUAUUAAAGUGUUGUUUAUGAAAAAGGAAUGCCCGUUUAGUAUAUUUUUUAAAACCUCUUACAAAGACAAUAAUUACCGAGAAAUAAAUGUCCGAAAUAAAAGAAAGAAAAUGAGUAUAUUAACACAAAUAACGCUGCAUAAAGCGUACACGCAAAGACAAGACAUAAGUGUGAAUAAAAAGAAAGAUUUAAAAGAUCUUAUAAAUAAAGGUUUGAUCCCACCUUUUUAUACUAAUUUUUAUAAUUCUAUUAUUAAUUGAUUGCUUUCAUUCAAUUCAGAUCUCAUUUAUGUGUGAUUAUUAUGAUUUAAUUGUGAUAUUAUUUGUUUAAAGUACUACUUACUUCAAAUCGUUAUUGUACUAAGUAGGUACUGUUUUAUAUUUGGUAUAAAAGACUGAUUACCUAUUGCCAAUUGUUUUAAUUACUGAUAGAAAGAUAAAACUGUUCCUUUUGUUAUUGAUGUUAAGUUGCUUUUAUUUUAUUAUUUUAAUGAAAGACCUAUUUGCUUCUUAUAAUU